AUGUUUCCCCACACUGACGGCGAUCUGUUGGAAACCGCCAAUCUGCUAGCACCAGACGCCCUGGAAGCGCAGUCGGACAAGAAACAUGUCGAACAGAAGAAGACGCCGGAGACUGCAGCAGCGGCCCCGGCCAAGAUUCUGUUCCUCGACGGAGUGCGAGGCCUCGCCGCUCUGCUGGUCGUCACGCAACACUCGCACGAGUACAUGCAGGACCUCAACCUCGGCGCCUGCGCAGUGGACGCCUUCUUCGUCCUGUCCUCGUUCCUGCUGACGAUGCUGUUCAUGAGGAAGAGCGAGAAGCUGCUGGCUCAAGGCGCGAGCUACCGCAAGUGGGGGUUCACACUGGCCGACUACUUCUCCAAGCGGUUCUUCCGCAUCUACCCGUUGUUCGCUCUGGUGGCGGCCGUGCCAACAGUCAGAUACUACGUCUUGUGGACGCUACCGCUGGAGCACAUCACGUACUACUUCUUCAUCCCAGUGUUUGUAUUGACGGUGUUAAGGCUCAAGAAGUUGUGGUGGGCGCCCUUCAUCCCCGCGUACUGUUGGGUAGUGUACGAAGGCUGGUUCACGUUUCGAUGGUCCCAAAUGGGACUGUCGGAGCACUUCCCUACGUUUCUAUCAGGCUCGAUGGCUGCUGCCAUCUUCGUGAAGCUCGACACGUGGAUCAAGGCGAGCGGCUUCACGUUCAAUGUCUACCAAGUCGGAGCCAUUCGAGUCAUCGAGUUCAGUGCAGUGUCAAUUUUACUGAGCCUGAGCUUCCAGGGCCUCUUCUUCCACUGGAUCUUCUUCCACUGGAUCCACGGCAGCAUCGCCCCAACGACGCCGGGCCUCCCAUUCAUCAGCGUGUUGCUGACUGUAGUGCUUGUAGUUGAGAUGCUGCUCCCGUCAGGUCUGUCGUCUUUGCUUGAGUGGAGCGGGCUUCGAUACUGUGGCAAGGUGAGCUUUAGUAUCUACCUCCUCCACGGGUUCGUCAUGUACGCGGAUGCCGUUGGUACGCAGCCGAACUACUACGACCGCUUCUUCGCGAGCUAUGGGCUCACUAUCCUGCUAGCGACCGUGUCGUAUCACUUGGUCGAGUAUCCGUCUCAACUGCUGGCGCAACACGUUUCUCAAUAUCUAGCCAGGCGAGAGGCGAACGGAUCGAGCGGUGCCAUCCCCUCGAUCGGUUGCAAGCUUCGGGUGGGUGAUACGGUACUGCCAACGAGGAGGGAGUGA